AUGUGGCGCAUCUUUCAUGGUCUGAUAUGCCUGUCCGUCACGCUUGCUCUGGAUUCUAAUUCCGGAAGUGCCAUUGAAGUUUCUGGAGGUUCCGGCAGCGGUUUGACAAGUGAAUUGCAGGUUGAAUCGCAGCUGAGAACCGGACUUGUGUCUGCCGCUGCUUCAGUAGUAUCCACAGCAACCAGUGCCUCUGGAACCUCCGAGAAACUUACAGAUUAUUUUCUAGGAGGACUAACCGCAGGGGUGACUGAUUUAGUAACAAGUGAUCGAACUUCAACAACAAAAUCUCGUUCCUUCAGUGGUAAAACAGGAUCUUCUACUGUAAUAUUUGGAGAGUCAGAAUCCGGUUCAGAAACUGAAAUUUCAGGGCCUUCAAAAUUAUCAGAUCAGACAAACACAAGAAUUUAUAGACACUUUGGUGGUACCGGAUUGGCAGCAUCCUCAACGUCAUCUGCUCAGUCAAGUACAGGAUCUUCUAGGCCCAAUGUUAACUACAGAAAUUACGGGGGCGUGGGAAGACCAGGAUACUUCGACCAGUAUACUUUAGGACAAAUAUUGGCUGAAUAUGAAGGUCAAAGUGGUAUAGGAUGGUUGGCAAGUUCGGGAUCUUCUGCUCAGGCAAAUUCAGGAUCUCUUGGUGGUAUCUAUGGAGGUAAUGGAGGCGUGGGAUUAGCGACAGUUCCAGGAUCUUCUGCCCAAUCAACUUCUGGAUCUGUUGGUAGUAGCUACGGUGAUAUUGGUGGUGUAGGAUCAGUGAUUGGUUCGGGAGUUUCUGCUCAAUCAACAUCAGGAUCUUCUGGUAGUAGCUAUGGAGGUUUAGGUGUUGUAGGAUCAGUGGUAAGUUCAGGAUCUUCUUCUCAGUUUACAUCAGGAACUGCUGGAAUUGGCUAUGGCGGUGAUGCAGGAUCAGUGGUAGGUUUGGGAAUUUCUGCUCAGUCAGCAUCAGGAUCUGCUGGUAGUAGCUAUGGCAGUUUAGGCGGUGUAGGAUCGGUGUGGAUAUGA